AUGCCUGCUAAUGACCCCAGUGAGCCCCAUCAGCAGAAGCGCACGCGUAGUGAGGAAUCCCUUGGGGACACUCCUCCUGCUAAAGUGCCUUCUCCAGCGCCUGCUUUUAGGUCGCUGAAAGAAUCCCGGGUGCCGACUGCAGCCGCCACCCCUGCACUAAUGGCACCGGCUGACCCUCAGCCGGUGACCGCUGCUGCUCAAGGCCACGGUGCGGUCCUGCCGGCGCCCGUGACCUCCGCCUCCGAAAAGUCUGUGCCGGAGGUUCCACCCGUGUCCCCCUCCCUUGCCGCUUCGUCGGAGUGGCGGAAUGUUGUGGGGGGCAGGGUGAGGAAGCCACCGGCAGAAGCAGGAGUACACCAAGCAUUCGGCAAGGCCUCCUGA